AUGGCCACUCAGAAUCUCGACGCUGAGAACGGUGACCUUGUCAAGGAGAUUAGUGAUGCCAAACACAGCGAAACUGUCUCGGCUGGUGACCUCCUUGCCCAGUACUCGGACGCAGAAAAGGCCAAGGCGUUCCGCAAGCUGGACUGGAAUCUGAUCCCACUUCUUGGAGUUUUAUACAUGCUCUCAUACAUUGACCGAGGCAAUGUCGGCAACGCUUACACGGCUGGCAUGGGCGAGGACUGGGGAAUCACCUCCAACCAGUACUCCUGGAUCAUUACGGCGUACUACAUUGCCUACAUCGCCUUUCACUGGUUCAUCCUGCUGUGGAAGCUGGUGUCCCUCCCGAUGUGGGUCGCCAUCAUGGCUUUCGGAUGGGGUGCUGCCAGUAUUCUGCAAGCAGCAACGACCAACUUUGCUGGGUUGAUAGCCCUGCGUUGCCUGAUCGGAGCAUUCGAAGCCGGAUUCGCUCCUGGCGUGGCCUUUUUCCUGUCCUUUUUCUACCAGCGCUCCGAGAUGGGUCUUAGAUACGGCCUGUUCAUCUCGUUUUCGCCAAUCGCCAACUGCUUCGCAUCGGCGUUGGCGUAUGGGAUCGUGCAUGCGAAAACGUCUCUUGCCGAGUGGAAGUUGCUGCUGAUUAUUGAGGGCAUCCCCACUAUUCUCAUGGCACCGGUCGCCUACUGGUUUCUCCCCAAGGGACCCGGCGAAUGCCGAUUUCUCACCAAGCGAGAGAACGAGAUUGUUCGUCUCCGAGCUUUGAAGGCACGCGGGCGCGAGGAAAAGGGCAAGCUGGACUUGAGCCAGGUCUUUGCCGCCUUUUACGACUACAAAAACUACUUCCAGGCUGUUAUUGUUUUCUGUCUCAACGCCGCCUUUGCCGCCCUCCCGGCCUUCCUCCCAACCAUCAUCCAAGACAUUGGCUACAGCUCCGUGCAAGCCCAAGGCCUCUCUGCACCCCCCUACCUCGCCGCCUACAUUGUGUGCCUAACAGCCUCCUUCCUCUCUGACAAGGUUGGCAACCGCUCUUACUUCCUUAGCGCACUAGCCAGCGUCGGCGCAAUCGGAUACCUCGUGCAAGCGCUGGUGAGAGCCACCGGCGUCCGCUACUUUGCAACAUACCUGAUCUGCGCCGGCGUCUUCCCGGCUGUCGCGCUGACCUUCACCUGGGUAACGGACAACCAGGGCUCGGCAUCGAAGCGCGGCGCGGGCCUGGUCAUUUUCGGAAUGGUUGGGCAGACCGGGUCCAUUGCGGGGUCGAGGUUCUUCCCCAAGGAGGAGGGGCCGUAUUAUACGAAGGGGAUGGCGAUUAGUGCGGGGUUGCUGUUCUUUGCGGCCAUCCUGGCGCAGACGCUUAGGUUUUUGAUGUUGAAGGAGAAUAAGCGACGCGAUGGAGAGUUUGGGCUUGUCGAUCCGGCUGAGAUGUCUGAUGAGGUUGUUAACUCUGGGGAUGAUCAUCCGGGAUUCAGGUUUAUCCUGUGA